UUCUCUCCAGGCAUAAACCCAAGAAUGACUCUCUUAGGAUCCAUCAUCACCCUCUGCUUGGUCGGGGCCACGGACUCCUCACUGAAUGAGGUCUCAGAGGUGCUGUCAGACUCGUCUCUUCUGAGCAUCAUCAGUGAGGCCAGGCAGCUGGUGGACACAGCAUAUUUACAGGCCCGAAGGAGCUUAAAGAAAAAACUGGAGGAAAAGCUUGCCAACCCAAUGGAUUUCCUGAAGCACCUUAAGGACCCUGUGGGAAGAACCAGGUCUGCAGUCCGGGCUGCUGAUUACAUGGAAACUACUUUGAAACUCCUCAAAAGGAAACUGCAUCUCUCUGGGGAGCAGAGAUUCAAUGUCACAGACCUGCUAAGCAGAAAGCAGAAGGAGAUGAUUUUCAGAGGCACCGGUUGUUACUCUCAGACUCGUCCCAUUAAAUGCCCAAAGCAGGACAUUUAUCGGACCAUCACCGGGGAGUGCAACAACAGAAGACACCCUCACCUGGGGUCCUCCAACCGUGGGUUUGCCCGCUGGCUCCCGGCAGUGUACGAGGACGGAGUGUCUGUUCCCAGAGGAGCAAGUGAAGGAAGGCACUACAACGGAUUCCCACUCCCCCUGGUUCGGAAAGUGUCCAACGAAAUCGCUCACACGGCCAACGAGAACGUCACUGCAGACCAGGAGCUCUCUCUGGUCUUCAUGCACUGGGGCCAGUGGGUCAACCAUGACAUAGACCUGGCCCCUGCCAGCGGGGAAGGAGCCAGCCUGGAGCUCCUGUGCCACACUGACUGUGCCUUCAAGCCCCCCUGCUUCCCCAUUAAGCUCAUGGCCGUGAACCAGCACUUCACGGACGCGGGGCUGGAGCUGCUGCCCUUUGAGAACGUGACAAAGAGCGUCUGUGUCCUCACCAACCCGGGCGCCAACAUCCCCUGCUUCAGAGCAGGGGACAAACGUGUGACUGAAAACCUGGGACUUUCUGCCAUGCACACGAUCUUUCUCCGAGAGCACAAUCGCCUGGUCACGGAGCUGAGGGGAUUAAAUCCCCACUGGGAUGGGGAAAAGCUGUACCAGGAGAGUCGAAAGAUUGUGAUUGCCAUAAACCAGAUAAUAACAUACAGGGAUUACCUCCCACUUCUGCUGGCUGAGGAGACCAGCAAGUGGAUCCCUCAGUACCGUGGUUAUGAUGAGGAGGUGGAUCCCAGAGCCUCAAACGUUUUUUCCCUGGCUUUCCGAUUCGGCCACACCUCGGUGCAGCCCUUUGUGUCCCGCUUGGAUGAGAGUUUCCAGCCCUUGGGUUCCUACUCCCAUGUCCCUCUUCAUCUGACCUUCUGUGCUACUUGGAGAAUUAUAAUGGAAGGAGGCAUCGACCCCCUGGUCCGGGGCAUGGUGGUGGAUCACGCGAAGAAGAUGGAACAGAACCAGCUGAUGGUGGAGGAGCUCCAGAACCACCUCUUUGAACAGCUGGAGGUCAUGGGGCUGGAUUUAGCAGCCAUGAACAUGCAACGGGGAAGAGACCAUGGCCUGCCAGGUUACAAUGCCUGGAGGGGCUUCUGUGGGCUCUCCCAACCCCGAACUGUGGAAGAAUUCUCUGAGGUGCUUGGCAAUCCCAAACUGGCCAAGAAGUUCCUGGAUGUGUACGGGACACCGGACAACAUCGACCUGUGGAUCGGGGCGGUGGCAGAGCCCGUGGUUCCCCAGGGCAGGGUGGGACCCCUCCUGUCCUGCAUCAUUGGCACCCAGUUCAGGAACCUGCGGGAUGGGGACAGGUUCUGGUGGGAGAACCCAGGAGUUUUCACUCCACAACAGCUGCAAGCACUGAGAAAAAUCACACUGUCAAAGGUGUUCUGUGACAACACUCGUAUCCAGAAGAUACCCAGGGAUGUGUUCAGGAUCAACAGUUACCCCGAGGACUUCACUGACUGCCAGGAGAUCGACGCGCUCGACCUCUCACCCUGGAAAGAUGAACCUGAGAGUGGCACAAAAGGUUCCAGUCCUGCUGCUCAAACCAGUGUUGGAAACCCCUGA